GACGACCCUUGUCCAUUCCUUCGUUCUUCUCCAUCUCACCUUUUUGAGUUGACCACUUCCAAGAAUAACCUACUUCAACUCCUAUUUUUAAUUUUCACCCCUCAUCACAAAACCCUAUUUCCUUCUCUUUCUUCCCUUUUCAUUUCCUUUUACAUUUUCAAUCUAAACCCCCUUCUUUUCCUCACCACUUUUUCCCUUCUCAGGGAAAACAAAAUCCAAUUUUUUUCAUCAAAUUAUAUUCUCUAUUUCACCAAAACACAAAUUUUUCAAUCAAAUUUCACUUUUUCCCAUCUGGGUCUCCCAAUUUCAUCAAAUUUCACUUUUUUCUUUCUUUCUGGGUCAUUCUCAAUUUCAUCAAAACGCGAUUUUUUCCAUUAAAAAUCGCUUUUUUACUAUCUGGGUCAUUUCCAAUUUCAUCAAAAAGCAAAAGGGUCAUUGAAAGUUUUGAAGUUAUUUCUACAUGGAUCAAAACGAAGAAGCGAUUUCAAAAAGUGAAAACUCAUUGAGCUUUUCAACGCUAAAGAGUCAUAGAUCAUGGCUCGAAAUUCGUCUUUUCUACGUUCGAAUUUCACCUUGUUUAAUCGAUAGUGUUCCGGAAUGUUUAACACUAUGUCACCCAAAACGUGAAAUCGGUUUUUCUCUUGUAAUCAACGGUUCACCAAUCCCUGCACCCUCUUCCGCCCCGCCGCUUCCGCUCCGCCGUGACCGUGUCGAUAAAGAGUCUGCCGAGGUUACCUAUGUUAGCACUGAUAAUGUGAGAAUCACAGGUGGUGCUGAAUUUGAGGUGUAUGAGAAAGAUGUGUUGUUUCUAUGUGGGUCAUUGGAACGGUUGGAUGUUGAUUUGGGAAAUGGGUCUGGUUGGGAUAUGGAUUGUCAUGUGGCGGUUGGGUCGAUUGGAUCGGGUUCUUCGGCUUUUUUCAGGCCGAAGCUCGGUGUUUCGGCUCCAUCAGUUGAAGUUUAUGUUGCUGGAUGUUGUUCUGGUGUGCCUGUGAUUUUGAGUAAGACUAUUUCUUUGAGUCCUAGGAGGAGAGUUCCUAGACAUGCUAUUUUGGAUGCUAUUCCUGAAGAUGAGGAAAUGAAUAUGAUGGAGAAGGAUCAUGUUAGUGCUAUGAAUGGAUUAAUUCCACACCCGAAAUUGCAGAUAACAGGGUCUGCAGUUGAUGAUUAUGAUCUUGAUGGUAAGAUGGCGAACGGUUUCUACUCUCAAGAAAUGUAUCUUGGCGAGGACGGACAACUCACAUGGUUCAAUGCUGGUGUUAGAGUUGGUGUUGGAAUUGGCCUUGGGGUGUGUGUAGGGCUUGGGAUUGGCGUUGGAUUACUCAUGCGAUCAUACCAAACAACAACCAGGAAUUUUAGGAGGAGGUUUUUCUAAUCGAUAAGAAUGAAUUUGCUGCUCUAGUUCAAUGAGAAACCGAAUAAGAUAUACUGGAGUUGGAUCAUCAAUGCCUCAAAUGCAUGAACCAUUAGUUUUGUAGAUGAGUGAAAGGUUAUGCAUUGUUUAGUUUCUGUAGGGUUGGUGCGGAUGCGUUCAUGUAUCGCGUAGACGUGAAGAUUUGCAUUUUAUAUAAGCUGUAUUUGAUACUCCAACAACAAUAAGUAUCAAAAAAAAUAAUGCACAGCUUUGAGGAUGGAUAAUGUAGUAUGCCAACAGGAACAAGUGUUAAAUAGCCGGCAUCAGCCAUUAAAAUAAAAAUAAAAAUGGCCUGCAUGCUUGAGAGAGGUUUUAAGUGUGAACAUGUGAAGUGUAAACAUGUCCCGAGAUUUUACUGUUUGUUUGCCUGUAGAUAUUUUAUGCAAAUUUUGAUUUGUAUAUUUCUGUUCUCAUGGUAAAUUAUUUUAUUUUUUAAAACUAUGUGCCGUUUUUAGUGAAUUUCAUUUUCAAUUUGAUUCAA